AUGCUGAGGACCCUCGUUCUUCUAUCAUCCGUGGCAAUCUUGUCGACAUGGGCGGUCAAGUGUAAGUACGACAAUCAAGAUUUGGACAACAAUCAGAUUAUUGUCGUCCAAAACGCGUUCAGAAUCAAGUGUCUCACGGAGGACAACGGAUCGUGGAAGACUGAAAUCGUCGGAUGUGUUGCUCCAGAUGGUACUGAAAUCGACGCCGGACAGAAGAAAGAAGUUGGAGAUAAGGUUCAUGAGUGCGUCAAGACCGAGGGAGGACAAGUCUCGUUGAAGGAGUCAAAGGGACGUUUGGCUGCUUGUCCAGGAGGACAGAAGAAUGGAGAGGAAUGGCAAGAGAAGUCGUUCAAAUUCCGUUGCGGAGACGGCGGAGUUGUCAAGUUCAUCGCAUGCGUUGGACAAGACGGAAGUGUCAUCAACUCUGGGGAGACUGGAAAGAUUGGAGGAUUCGAUGUGAAAUGUUUGCAACACGCAAAUGGUACUAUCACAAUGCAAGCUGCCAACGACCCGAAAAGCUAUGAAUGCAAGGCUAAGGAUGGAUCCAUGAAGAAGAACGGAGAAGAGUACAUUGAGGGAAAUUUCGUGAGAAAGUGUGCCGAUUAUGGACAAGGAAAGAUUAUUGGAUGCUAUGCUGAGAGCGUUGGAAACACUAUCGGAGUCAACCAGAACGUCACGGCUGGAGACGUGAUCUACAGUUGCAAACAGGACGGAUCCAACUACAGCUUCAAGACCUACAACCUCAAGGCACCUGUCGUAUACUCGAUGUGUGAACAAGACGGAAAGCAGUACAAAAAUGGAUCUACUUUUAUCUCGAGAGAAUCCUUCCGUAUGAAAUGUGUGACUUUCAAAAACUUGACCUCUACUCUUGAAGUUGUCUCCUGUAUCACUCCGGCCGGUGUUGAGAUUGCUAUCGGUACCCAAUUGGAAGAGGGAGAUAGGGUAUUCGAGUGUACAUCUGGCAAUGUUACGUUGAAAUCUACACCUGGACAGACUGGAAAAUGCAGAGGAACUUAUAAAGUUGGAGAGGAAUGGGUUGAGGAUUCAUUCAAGUUCGCUUGUGAGCCAUAUGGAAAGAUUAUUAUCAAAAGUUGUGUCACAAAAGAAGGAACUGAAAUUCCACUGGGAGAUGCUAAGAGAGUUCCAGCUGGAUAUGCAAUGGAAUGUGUCAUCGUCAAUGGACACGUGGCUCUUCAAACUGCAAAAACUUUCGACUGUGAGACUGGAACAGGGGAGACUAAGAAAUUCGGAGAAACAUGGAAUGAGGGCAAUUUCGUCCGCCGUUGCGCCAACCACGGAGUCUCUGAGAUCAUUGGAUGCUACGUGGAUAAUGUGGGAUCCGUUGGACUCAACCAGAACUUGACUUCUGGAGAUCUCCUCUAUUUGUGCAUUCACCAGAAUGAUCAGUUCAAAUUUAGAACUUUGAGAGCUCAAUAA